GACAGUAGGCGGCUCUCCUCUUUCCUGGAAGAUCGCUACUGAACUCCCUCCAUUCACUCCUUACAGCGAGGAAAGGCGAUAGAACCUGCGAGGAAACAAGGGAAAAAAGAACACUGCCUUGUUCCCAUGUCUGUGGCCUUAUCAGACGUCGUCGUCGACGACCCAUUUUUCUAUUUCCUUGAAAUUUUUUGCAAUCUCUCAUCUUCCCCGCAUCCUCCUUUGAUAAUGGCAGAAUCUCAGAUUUCUUAAUAUAUAAGCUUGUCACUGUAACACUGAUACCAAAUUCAUCAUUCUCCAUAUCCCAAACAGAGAGAGAUUUGAGGGAGUAAAAGAGAUGAAGGUUCGAUUUGUUUUCUUGUUCUUAAGAGUAGUGUUGUUUCUCUCAAUUGGAGCUGUAAAUUCAGUUUCAGUUGCUGCAACUACUAACAUCUCUUCAUGUCCAAUGGAUUUGGGCUAUGUAGAGACGAUGAAGUGGGACGACUCGGCCUGCAAGAACUACCAAUUAGACACAAGCUACAAUGGAGCAAGAAGAGAUUGCUGCCAAACCCUUCUUAGCGUUUAUGGAAUUGCUUUUGCUCAGCGCCUCAAAGACACUUCCCUCUUCCACCUUCCAGACCUCGACACCUCCGUAGCUUGCCUCGACGACUUCCAGUCCAAGCUGGAUUCCCUCUCUCUCCCUUCAGAUAUUGCUUCUUCCUGCUUCAGCAACCCUGAACGGUUCGUCAUCAAUCCUCAUGUUUGCGCAGGAAUUGAAACCAAGCAAGACUGGAUCAAUAAGCUCGGAUCCAAUACACCACUGGACUUGGGAUGUAAUUCUGAUCUCUCUGGUACUUCAUGUGAUGCCUGCGUCUCUGCGGGGUUUAAGGUUCAAGCUAAUUUAAUUGCUAUCGAUGGUAAUACAUCUCACGCCACUGAGUGCUGGUACUUUACAGUUCUCUAUGCCGGUGGAAUCGCCAACGAAUUAGGGCCUAAGAACAUCGACACUGCGUCCUGCAUUUUUGGGCUUCCAAUUGCUUCCAAGAGCCACCGUUCCAACUCGGCUCUUGUGUCUGCCUUGUUAACUGGUGCGGGUGUGGCUGUUCUGCUUAUGUCGUCUUUAUUGGGUUUCUAUAUCUGGUGGGCUAGGUUCAGGAAAGGCGAUUCAGGUGCCGAGUUUGAUGCAGAGGAGCAGAAGGUGUCGAAGCCUCGGUUGCGACCCAAUAAUGUCUCAAUCUGGUUCAAGAUUGAUGAACUUGUGAAGGCUACAAAUAAUUUCUCACAGAAGAACUUGAUUGGGAGAGGUGGGUUUGGAGUUGUGUACAAAGGGACCUUAUCAGAUGGCACUACUGUUGCUGUGAAAAAAAUCACAGAAUCAGAUUUUCAAGGGGAUGCAGAGUUCUGCUAUGAACUUGAGCUCAUCAGCAAUUUGAAGCACAGGAAUCUAGUCCCCCUCAGAGGAUGCUGUGUUACAGAAGAGGAGGAUUAUGUUGAGAGAGGCAAACAGAGGUACUUGGUUUAUGAGUUCAUGCCAAAUGGGAACCUUGAAGAUCAUCUCUUUGGUAGAAUGGUGAAGCAGCAGCCUCUGUGUUGGCCUCAAAGGAAGAGUAUAAUCUUGGAUGUGGCUAGGGGGCUUGCCUAUCUUCAUUAUGGAGUGAAGCCUGCAAUAUAUCACAGAGAUAUUAAGGCUACCAAUAUACUGUUGGAUGCAGACAUGAAGGCUAGAGUAGCAGACUUUGGGCUGGCCAAGCAAAGUAGAGAAGGGCAGUCUCAUUUCACCACCAGAGUUGCCGGAACGCAUGGCUACUUGGCACCGGAGUAUGCGCUCUAUGGCCAGUUAACAGAGAAGAAUGAUGUUUAUAGCUUUGGUGUGGUUGUAUUGGAGAUAAUGUGUGGGAGGAAAGCACUGGACUUGUCAUCAUCAGGCUCACCAAGGUCAUUUCUGAUUACAGAGUGGGCAUGGGAACUGGUGAAAUCAGGACGAACAGAAGAAGCUUUGGAUAGUUCUUUGCUGAAAGAUGGGGAUCCUGCAAAUCCUAAUCCAAAGGCAAUCAUGGAGAGAUUUGUGCUGGUUGGGAUUCUAUGUGCUCAUGUCCUGGUGGCUCAGAGGCCUACAAUCUUGGAUGCACUGAGGAUGUUGGAAGGUGACAUCGAGGUUCCUUCGAUUCCAGACAGGCCAUUGCCUCUCAGCUACCCAUCAUGCGGUACAGUAAUGGAAACACCUUCAGCAUAGCAUUGUAAUCAGAAAGGAAGCUCUAGGGUUUGUAAAUAUUUCCAAAGCAAACUUUCCUUCCAGAUGAAUUGUACAUUACUCAUGAAAAGAUGUAUAUAUGAUGGACACAUAAGUGUUUCAUUAAUUCUCAAUUCAUUCUAGUUACAUACUAAA